CUUGUUCUCCUUUUCAAAUCAAGUGUCACAUUGACUCAAAUCCGGUGCUGGAAGCAUGUGGGGAGCUGCAGCACAUCAGCCCGACACAAUGUCUCCAUCAGACUGGAAGGAAGCCCAAAACCAGAACUCAGCCGGCCAAGAUGCAUCCUCUGCAGAAACCCCAAGUUCCUCCUAAGCCUGUUCAUCUCAAACCUGGGCAGGAAAGAAUUCCUCCUGCACCUUCUCGGCCUUUGCCAGCUGAUCCCAAGUCGUCAAGGAGCUUAGCACCUGGAGAGGAAGAAAUACCAAUAUCAGCAGGAGUCAACACGCUUAUUGAGAAAUUUGAAAGUAUUAGGCAACCUGUCCAUGUUCUUCAAAGAAACCAGCUAAAUUUAGCUCUAAAGAUGGAACCUGGCCUGGACUCAUCCAGACAACCAAGCUCAUGUGACUGUGACGUGGUGGCCUCCAGCAGCUCUUCCACAAAUGAAAAAAGUGAAGCAGGUGAAAACAAGCAAGACGUAUCAUGCAGCACAGAUCUAUCUAACACAGACAUAAUGAAAAUUAAAGAGCUAAGCAUAGGCGAUAGCAAAAGCCAUGAAGACUGUACUGCUGUGACUGUGAGCAAAGAGCCCUCUGGAGAGCUUGGCAAUAAAGACUCAAGUGCAGAACUGAACAGUAAUGGUAAAAUUCCCAACAGAGACAGUGGCAUUGACAGUCCUUCUUGUAGCGUGGCAGGGGAGACUUUCCCCAGUGAAGACAGUGCAGAGCAAAAGAAGCCCAGCGUGUCUGGGAACCCAGGGGAGAUGGAACCUGACAGAAAGGGCACCAAAGCUUCCCCUGCAGAGCAGAAGAGAGACUCUACACAGGAUGAAGACAGUGACAUUGAUGAAGGAAGCAGUGAGGAACAAGAGACAGCAGAAGUGCCAAAGUUAGAAUAUUUGGAUGUAAACAAGUGUACAGAGCCCCAAAAGCUAUUCAACAUCGCCAAUGAACUGCUCCAUACGGAAGAAGCAUAUGUUAAAAGACUCCAUCUAUUGGACCAGGUUUUUUGCACUAAGUUGUCAGAAGCAGGUAUUUCAUCUGAAGUGAUAACGGGCAUCUUUUCAAAUAUUUCUUCCAUCUAUUGUUUCCAUGGACAAUUUCUUCUUCCUGAGCUCAAAACAAGAAUUACACAAGAAUGGAAUGUCAACCCACGGCUGGGAGAUAUCCUACAGAAACUGGCUCCUUUUCUGAAGAUGUAUGGAGAAUAUGUAAAGAACUUUGACAGAGCAAUGGACUUAGUGAACACGUGUAUGCAGAGGUCCUCUCCAUUCAAAGAUGUUGUUCAGAAUAUACAGAAACAGGAGGUGUGUGGAAACCUGACACUGCAGCAUCACAUGCUUGAACCGGUGCAAAGGAUUCCUCGUUAUGAGCUUCUCCUAAAGGACUAUUUGAAGAAACUUCCAGAAGAGUCUCCAGACAGGAAAGAUGCUGAAAAAUCACUGGAGCUCAUAUCUACGGCAGCCAACCAUUCGAAUGCAGCCAUCCGAAAGAUGGAAAAGAUGCACAAGCUUUUGGAAGUCUACGAGCGACUUGGUGGCGAAGAGGAUAUUGUUAACCCAGCCAAUGAGCUCAUUAAAGAAGGACACAUUCAGAAACUAUCAGCAAAGAAUGGCACAGCGCAGGAUAGGUAUUUAUUCCUGUUUAACAGCAUGGUGCUGUACUGUGUGCCAAAACUGAGGCUGAUAGGCCAGAAGUUCAGCGUUCGAGAGAAGAUGGACAUUGCAGGACUGCAG